CUUUUUCCUGUCCACUGUCUGACUGCGUGACUGUCAGUCAAAGUGUGGCACCAUGGCCGCCACGGAGGUAUGCGCGUCGGUGCGUGUCGAGGGUGGCGCUCCGGUCGACAACGACACCGCCGUCGACGGCCAAAGUGAGGCGGAAACCGGGAAAGCUGACAGCCGUCCAGAGCCGAAAACUGUCGAGCCGAAGGCGGAGGCCGGCGAGGCACCGGAGCAGGCCGCCAGCGAGGCGCCUACCGACGUGGAGGUGUCAGCCCCCGGCCAGGGUACCCGAGUGCCUGCCGAGGUGCCGUCACAACCGCAUCAGAACAGCGACCUUGGUCAUGGUGACACCGCGAAAGAAAGCAAAGAAGACCCCGGGGAGGAGAGCGGGUGUUUGGGUUUGGACUGCGACAAAAGCAAAGCGAGUUGCGAAGACGACAAAGUGAAGAGCGGGGAUGGAGAGCUGGCCGACAAGAGGAGACCCAGCCUGGAGGUCUCAUCCUCGGAUGGAGAACCGCUGAGCCGCAUGGACUCCGAAGACAGUAUAAGCAGCACCCUGAUGGAGAUGGACAGCACGGUGUCCAGUGGCCGCUCCACCCCAGCUAUGAUGAACGGACUCAGCAGUGCCAGCUCCUCCGCUACAAAGACUGUGGCCUACUCUUGUUGCUGGGAUCUUUGUCUUCAGUACUUCAACUCCAGUCCAGAUCUUGCCGAGCACAUCAGGAGCGUCCAUGUGGACGGACAAAGAGGAGGGGUGUUUGUGUGUCUUUGGAAAGGUUGCAAGGUGUACAAUACCCCAUCGACCAGUCAGAGUUGGCUCCAGAGACACAUGCUGACCCACAGUGGAGAUAAACCCUUUAAGUGCGUUGUUGGUGGCUGCACUGCAAGUUUCGCCUCCCAAGGAGGGCUGGCUCGCCACGUUCCCAGUCACUUCAGCCAACAAAGCUCUUCUAAAAUGUCCAGCCAGGCCAAACUCAAGGAGGAGUUGCCCUCCAAGGCUGGUCUCAACAAGAGGAAGAAACUCAAAAACAAACGCAGGUGCUCUCUACCGCGACCCCAUGACUUCUUUGACGCACAAACCAUGGACGCUAUCCGUCACAGAGCCAUCUGUCUCAACCUUGCGACUCACAUUGAAAGCGUGGGCAACGGCCACAGUGUGGUCUUUAACAGCACGGUGCUAGCCAAGAGGAAGGAGGGCUCAGGAAAGGUCAACGUCCUCUUGCACUGGACACCUGAAGACAUCCUGCCUGACGUGUGGGUGAAUGAAACGGAGCGAUCUCAGCUGAAGACUAAAGUGGUGCACUUAUCCCAGUUACCGCAGGACACUGCCAUGCUGCUCGACCCAAAUAUAUACAGAGCACUUUCACAGAAGAGACUGAAGCAGAGAAGCAAUAAUUCUGCUGAUGAACUACUGGGCAGCUUGCAUACGCCUCUUUUCCACCAACAUUUCAAAUCAUCCUUGGCAGUCUGUGUGGUUUGCAUGUCCACCACACCUCAAAGUUCCUGAAAGUGAUAUAUUCCAAACAGACCCAUGAAAAGAGCUUCGGAUUCUGCAACGACACCGCUUGUCACGAGGUACUUUUCCAGGGAGUUUGGGAUAAAGGGAAAGUUUUUUUUUGGUAGUUUUUUUCUACUUUGGUAAAAUGGGAGGAAAUGUGCCACGGUUUUUCAAAAUUCCAGGUAAAUGAGAAACGUUUGUGUUCUGGAAAAGGGGAAUAGGCCUCAGAAAAGCUGGUGUUUGCUCAUUGCAUUGUGGGCUGAGGUCAGAAUGUUUGUUGUUUACAUCGCUGUGUUGGGCAACCAAUAAUAAAAUGGACCAUAUAAAAAACAAAAAAAACAAGGGACCAUACCAAAACGAACCUGUUUCAAAGGCUUGACAAAAGAAGUAAAGUCAGUGAAAUCGAUCCAUAUGAGGACAUCCAUGGGACAAGCGAUUUAAACAAUCGGUGGCCAUGGUCCGAAGCUUAGCUUGUCCUCGUUAAUAAACACGUUUUUAUACUGGUGACAAUUUUCAAAAGGCAAAGUCCGUAAAAGCCCUCGAACAAACCAACUUCAGGUGACUGCAAGACCUGCAAAUGUUCCAUCAGAAAGAGAAGACUCAUCAUUUCAGAGAUACGUGGUCAACACACCUUGACCAUUAGCACUUUAUAAAUACUUUGAUCACAUGACACUUCUUCUCCAAAAGGAAAAAAAUGCAUUUAUUUUUGAGCUUACAGAUCACUCCAUGUAUAAAGACAGCUUGUUUGUUUCUAAAAAUACAGUGUAAUGCUAGCAGCCUAGUAAAUGCUAUGUGUAAAACAGGAUAACUGUCGUAUGCUUGGAUUUGGUGACGUGUUUGCCAUUCCAAAGGGUGCAGAGAUAAAUCUUGAUUUGAACUUCAACACACAAGGCAGGAAAAAACCCCACAACUUAGUUACUAGAGGCACACAACGUAUGUGCCUCUUGAGACCUCACUGUAGGCUUUGUGAGGUCAUGUUACCUCUAAACUAAACUAAAUCGAUGCUAAUCCACCGUUUUUUUCACUUUCUGUUACCAAAUAUGAAUUAAUAAGAGAACCUUUAAUGAAUCUAAUCAUUAAGCAGAAUCAAAAGUGGAAUCUGAACCGGAAAAAUCUUAUGGAUUCCCAUCCCGAACUCUGACCGACUAUGAACUGAUAACCUGUUCCUUGCCUGCUGUGUCCAGCCUGUAC